UUGUUAUUCUAGAGCGUACCCAGGUGUAUUCAAAGGAAGGGGGUUUUAAUGUAAUGGACAGAAAUUUGAUAUUAAAACGAAACCUGUUGAAAAGGCUAUAUCCAACUGCUGAAGAUGAUGAGCAUCAUCCAGAAGAACCAAAAGAGACAAUAACAGCUAACAUCCAAACAACAGAAUACAGAACAGAUGCAAAUCCUGCAGGAGUAGAUGAUAAAUGUUAUGGUGCAAGUGAUAAACCAGAUGGCUACAUUGUGCCUGAUGUAACAACACAAAGUGAAUCAAGUGAUGAAGGAACAUUUACAGCUCCUAAGAGAAAAAGACAUAAAAAGAAACGUAAAAAUAACAAAAUUAACUCUGAGGAACACAAAUAUGAAUCAGCAAAACACAUUCCUGAUAAAGAAGAUUUGAUUAAUAAACCAAAUGUAAACAAUACUGACUCAGUUGAAAAUGUAAAUGAUGCUGAUCAAGGAUAUCCCAAAUGCUCCACACAAACCAAAUCUGAGUCAACAGUUAUAGUUCAUGUUAAUUCUGAGUUUGAACAAAAACAAUUGACAAAGAAUCAGAAAAGAAAAUUAAAGAAGAAAAGACAUAAAGACAGAUUACGCGAUGUAGUCAGUAUGCCACCUGUGCCAUAA